AUGUCUGAACCCUCCGGAGCUUCUGGGAGCGAGGAUGGCGGCGCCAACGACGCCAACGUCAAGAACAGCAACAAGCAUGUCCGACAGUCGCCCAUGGAGUGCUUUGCUGACCUGUUCAACUGGAAAGUACGGGUGGAAGAGACUGACCCGGUCACCGGCGUCACUCACGUCGAGUAUCGAGACCCAGAGCCGCUCAAGAACCCCAUCGCGCUCGCUUCCCAGCUGUCGGCGCGAGACUGGCUCUUCUUCCUGGUUGGCCUGUUCGCCUGGAUCUGUGAUGCAUACGACUUCCACGCUCUCUCAAUCCAGACCGUCAAGCUGUCAAAGUACUUCCAUCGGACCAAGACUUCCAUCAGCACGGCCAUCACGCUCACCCUCCUGCUGAGAUCCGUGGGAGCGGCGGUCUUUGGCCUGGCGGGAGACAGAUGGGGUCGCAAGUGGCCCAUGGUGGCCAACAUGAUCGUGUUGGGCGCCCUCCAGAUCGCAACCAUCUACUGCGCUACUUUCUCCCAGUUCCUGGCCGUGAGAAGUCUGUUCGGCCUGUUCAUGGGCGGUGUCUAUGGAAACGCCAUUGCCAUGGCCCUCGAGAACUGUCCGGUCAACGCUCGUGGGCUGAUGUCCGGUAUCCUGCAGCAGGGCUACUCCAUGGGCUACGUGAUCGCCGCAUGCGCCAACCUGGGUGUCGGCGGCUCCACAGACUCGUGGAAGAUCGUCUUUUGGAUUGGCGCGGGCAUUUCGUUCCUGUCUGGCAUCAUUCGCAUCUUCCUGCCCGAGUCCAAACAGUUUCUGGCAGCACGCAAGGAACGUAAGGAAGGCAAAAGGGAUGGCGCCUCCGCCGGCAAGUUCUGGAACGAGACGAGAGCCAUGCUGGCCAAGGACUGGAAGCUCGUGAUAUACUGCAUCUUCCUCAUGGCAUGGUUCAACUUUUACAGCCACACUUCCCAAGACAGCUAUACCACUUUCAUGCUGACACAAAAGGCACUGGACAACUCUGCCGCCUCGCGAGCGUCUAUCCUGAUGAAGGCCGGUGCGUGCGUCGGCGGGACUAUCAUCGGAUACAUCUCUCAAUGGUUUGGCCGUCGUCGGUCCAUGGUCCUCGCUGCACUGAUAUCCGGCCUCAUGAUACCAGCCUGGAUCCUGCCGCACGGCGAACGUUCGCUGUCUGCCUCUGGGUUUAUGAUGCAGUUCUUCGUCCAGGGCGCCUGGGGUGUUAUUCCCAUCCACCUGAACGAGCUGUCCCCGCCCGCGUAUCGGUCCAGUUUCCCUGGCCUGACGUAUCAGCUGGGCAACAUGAUCUCCUCUCCGUCCGCCCAGAUCGUGAAUGCGAUUGCAGAGUCGAUGAGCGUACGUGGAGAUAACGGAAAGCCGGCGCCUGCCUACGGGCCGACUAUGGGGGUUGCCACGGCGAUAAUUGCGCUCGGGAUCAUGGUCACAACGGCCUUUGGGCCGGAGAUGAGAGGAAGGAAGUUCGAGCUCUCCAAGGUCGCUGGACAGAUCGAGGAGGGAGGAGAGGUCAAGAAGCAGGAUCUCGAGGCUGGCGGAGGUGGGAAGGCGAGCGAGGAGCUGGAGGUUUCGGAUAAGGCGGUCGAGGCCAGGUGA